AAUCCAAAAAAAAUCCGACUUGUGCGGCAUGCCCGCAACGCGUGAAAACGUGACCGAUGGGAGUGAUUUCAAGUUGUCGUAUUUUGAAUUGCUUAGCAAACACCAUUCUAAAGACAACACCUGUUUGCAUUUUAACACCUCUCUAUGUGUCAAAGAGAUUGUGGAGUUUGCAGCCAAAUCCAACAGCGGAACGUCGUGCUGACACAGAGGAAAGCGCUUUGAGCUGGAGAGAGACGGAACAUCGCUAUGCUGUGAAAGAUUUCGAGCAUUUGGCAACGGACAAAGUAAAAAAGGAACGCAUUCGCCUUCUCCUUCGUCAGCACAAGUUACUACUUCGUCAUAAAAAGCCAGCUCCUGUUAACUUGUCGACAGAAGACGUCCUCAGCCUUCUCGACCAGCCGUCUCUUAAGAAACGUUACCGCCUCUUCCGGUACCUGUUCUACAAAGAAGAAAAGAAACGGAAACAAAUUAGAAAAGCAGAAGACGAAAGUGGUCCCGCCUUCGCAAAUGCUCCUAUUGAUCCCGAGGAAUCCAUUAGAAGACUUCACAGGGUACCCUACACGGCAGACGCAUGCGAUAAGUAUGGUCUGUUCAACAAUACAAUUUUAAUUCGGAUCACUGAUAUGCGUAUGCGCAUCUACUAUGAAUCUCUACAAAUCCCUGUAAUACAGUUUGGCCAAAAGUUGGUCUUUGACCUCGACUAUGACCACCACAUGACACUCCGUGAGAGCAAUAAGGCGGCGGUGGACCUUAAAGCAGCAUAUGGUUUGAACCGUCGAAGCAGAGACCCCUUCCACCUUUAUUUUUGUAAUGCAAAUCCUUCGAAUUCUACAAUACAAAUCAUGAACGAGACUCUGUUUGACAUUCGCAAACACGCAGUACUGACAGAGGUCACAGAGAAAAGUUAUUUAGAUCUCUUUCCAAGGAAGAAUCUAGUGUAUUUGUCACCAGACGGUGACGAAACUUUGGACAUGUUUGACCAUGAUGCUGUCUACAUUAUUGGUGCGUUCGUUGAUAAGGGAACCAAGGAAGGUGUCACAUGUGCCAAGGCCAGAAAAGAAGGAAUUCGAACAGUGAGGUUUCCUCAUACUUUCACUUUGCCAUGGGAGGCAGAGAAGACAAGACCACUUCAUAUGCCUGACGUGUUAAAAGUUUUAUUGCAGUUGAAAUGCACGGGGGACUGGACAUCUGCACUUCACCACGUGUCAAAGCAUCUCAUUAUUGGCAAGGAAUGACAAGUUUUACUAAAUGUUUGUGUUCACAGUGAUAUUGCAAUAAACUACUGCAGCAUGUUU